CGAACACCAAACUCUGAUGCCCGUUUCUUUCUCAUGACAACAAAACAAUUUCCAGAGAUUCACUCAUUUUAUUUCUUCGCAAACAAUAAAUAGACCCGAGACGAUACACAACAAUCAAGAUGCCUAAAGGCAAGUGGAUCGACAAGAAGACAGCCCAGCACUUCACGCUGGUGCACCGUCCACAAAAUGACCCUCUAAUCCACGACACCGAAGCGCCAUCCAUGGUACUCAACCCAACCGCCCUCCCCAACGCCUCCAAAGUCCGCAAACUCGACGACCUCGCAUCGGAGCUAGGAACGGACGCAGAGCGCGUCCGCGCGAACGAAGGCGAGGCCGCUAACCAUGGCAUCUACUUCGACGACAGCGAAUACGACUACAUGCAACACAUGCGCGACCUCGACUCCGGCAACGGCGCCGGCGAAGUCGUAUUCAUCGAAGCCGAUAGCGGAAGCAAGAACAAGGGAAAGGGAAAGCAGAAGCAGAGUCUAGAAGAUGCGCUGCGCCGCUUAGAUGUCGAGGAUGAGGAGCGCAAGCGGGAUGACCUGUUCGGCGACGACUUCCUGCCCUCGAAGAACCUGCAGCACCUGACGUACCAGGCGCAGCAGAACGUCCCCGAUGCCAUCGGCGGCUUCCAGCCAGACAUGGAUCCGCGACUGCGGGAGGUGCUUGAGGCGCUUGAAGACGAGGCGUACGUUGAUGACGACGAGGAUGUCUUCGCCGAGUUGGCGAAGGAUGGGCAGGAACUAGAUGAUAUAGAUUUCGAGGAUGAAGACGGCUGGGAGUCUGACGAUACGGCCAAGCCGACCAAAGAAUUCAAAGACUCCUCUGAAGCGCCAGACCUGGUCUCCGCUGGGGAGAACGGUGACUGGCUAGAGGACUUCAAGAAGUUCAAGAAGGACCAGUCCAAGCCUGCGGCGAAGCAGUUCGGUGCGCCUUCGGAGUUACAGUCCUCGCUCAUGACCACAACCACGAACGGCGGGCGACGAAAGAAGCGUAAGGGCGCUCUGACGAGCCAGUCGGGCUACUCGAUGACCUCGUCAUCUCUCGUGCGCACAGAGCAGCUCGGUAUUCUCGACGCGCGCUUUGAGAAGAUCGAGGAGCAGUACAACGAGGAUGACUUCGAGGACGGAGACGACGCUGCCUCCAUGUCGCAGAUCUCGAGCGUGUCUAGUGUGACAGGACCGGUGAGGAACGACUUUGACAACAUCCUGGAUGAUUUCCUAGGAGGGUAUUCCAUGCGUGGCAAGAAGCACGUAAGGAAGGGCAAGUGGGAGGGUGGUACGGCUGAGUUGGAUGAGAUAAGGCAAGGUUUAGGCCCUGCCAGAAUCCGGGGUAGAACUACCCAGCCGCAGACGCCGGGAAUGGCAUCAGCAUCGGCGUCGAGAUAGAAUGGACAUAAUGGUAGAUACCCAGAGAAACCAAAUGAAAUGAAAAGCUACAUGUCACGAACAUUAU